GGGUCCGCGGGGACCUGAGCCCUCGGGAUCCGCGGUGUCCGCGCUCGCGGGGCGGCCUGGGAAAGUCAGCAGUCAGCAGCGCAGUGGCGGGAACCGCAGCCCGGCGGCCCUGGAAGCUCCCAGGGUUUGUUGACAUUCAGUGCUGCGACUGUCGAUUUCUUGUAGGAGGGGUGGGAAUGCCUCGACCCUGCUCACAGGGCUUUUUGCAGAGAUCUCCUGUUGGGGAACUGCAGCAGUCUGGAUUCUGAGGAUUUAUAUUUUUGACAACAUGAUGUGAAAUUUUAACAAGCCCUCCAGUCUUUGUUCCUGAGAGAGAAACUCAGAAAAGAGCAAGAACAAUGGAUGCUUCUGUGUCAAAUGCUCCCCAGGCCUUAGAACACAUCAGAAAAGUCAUGGAGGAGAGAGACCUUAUGAAUGGUCUGUUAUCAUUCAGGGAUGUGUCUGUGGACUUCUCACAGGAAGAAUGGGAAUGUCUAGACUGUGCUCAGAGGGCUUUGUACAUGGAUGUGAUGUUGGAGAAUUACUGCAAUCUACUUUUUGUGGAGAACCAUCGCACAUGUGGUAAAUGUGAGGAGAUCUUGCAUCGAGGCACAAAGCAUUUUAUCCAUGAUCAUGAAAAUAUCCAAGAGAAGACUUACAAAUGCAAUGAGCUUGGCAAAGUGAUUCAUGAAUCCUGCCAAUGUACGCCUUAUAACACAAGUGAUACUGCUGAAAAUUACAACAAGUACAGAUUUGGUAACCACAGAGAUGCCUGUGUUGAAACCUUAAACAUCAACAGACACAAAAGCAGCAAAGCUGGAGAAGAACUUUGCAAAUAUACAGACUGUGUAAACUGUUUUAAUUUGUGUUCCAUCAUUAGCGAAAAUCAGAGAACUCUCAGAGUAAAGGAAGACUACAAAAAUACAGAGUAUGAUAAAUCUUUUGAGUCUAAUACAGAAAUCACACUAAAACAAACUUGUUGCAGGAAGAACCUAUACCAAUGCAGGAAAUGUGGAAAAUUCUUCAAGACUCACUCAAGUCUCAUUGGGCAUCAGAGAGUCCAUAGUAUAGACAAAUCCUUUAAAUGCACGAAAUGUAGUAAAUCCUUUCUCCAUUUUUCACAACUCAAAGUACAUUACAAAAUCUACUGUAGAGAAAAUCCCUACAAAUGUACAGAAUGUGGUAAGUGUUUUUAUAACACAUGGGACUUUGAAAAGCAUUACCAGAUCCACAUGGGAGAGAAGCCUUACAAAUGUGGUGAAUGUGACAAGUCCUUUCUGAGUGCCUCAUAUCUUAGAAUACAUCAGAGAAUCCACACAGGAGAGAAACCUUACAAAUGUGGUGAAUGUGAUAAAUCCUUUCUGAGUGCCUCAUAUCUUAGAAUACAUCAGAGAAUCCACACAGGAGAGAAACCUUACAAAUGCAGUGAAUGUGACAAGUCCUUUACCACAAAAGACCAUCUUCAAAGUCAUCAGAGAAUCCACACAGGAGAGAAACCUUACAAAUGCAGUGAAUGUGACAAGUCCUUUACCACAAAAGACCAUCUUCAAAGUCAUCAGAGAAUCCACACAGGAGAGAAACCUUACAAAUGCAGUGAAUGUGACAAGUCCUUUACCACAAAAGACCAUCUUCAAAGUCAUCAGAGAAUCCACACAGGAGAGAAACCUUACAAAUGCAGUGAAUGUGACAAGUCCUUUACCACAAAAGACCAUCUUCAAAGUCAUCAGAGAAUCCACACAGGAGAGAAACCUUUCAAAUGUAGUCAGUGUUCCAAAUGCUUUAUAACAAGAGACCAUCUUAGAACUCAUCAGAGAAUCCAUACAGGAGAGAAACCUUACAAAUGUGGUCAGUGUGACAAAUGCUUUACAAGUGCCUCAAAUCUUAGAACACAUCUGAAAAGACACACAGGUGAGAAACCUUACAAAUGUAGUGAAUGUGACAAAAGCUUUAAAACUAGUUCAAAUCUAAGAACUCAUCAGAGAAUCCAUACAGGUGAGAAACCGUACAAAUGUAGUCAAUGUCACAAAUCCUUUACUGAGAAAGGGACAUUUAGAAAUCACGAGAGAAUCCAUACAGGUGAGAAACCGUACAAAUGUAGUCAGUGUCACAAAUCCUUUACUGAGAAAGGGACAUUUAGAAAUCACGAGAGAAUCCAUACAGGUGAGAAACCGUACAAAUGUAGUCAGUGUCACAAAUCCUUUACUGAGAAAGGGACAUUUAGAAAUCACGAGAGAAUCCAUACAGGAGAGAAACCUUACAAAUGUAGUCAGUGUCACAAAUCCUUUACCAAGAAAGUGACCUUUAGAACUCAUCAGAGAAUCCAUACAGGAGAGAAACCUUACAAAUGUAGCGAAUGUGAAAAAUCUUUCACAGGGAGAGGCAAUCUUAGAACUCAUCAGAGAAUCCACACAGGAGAGAAACCUUACAGAUGUAGUGAAUGUGGCAAAUCCUUUAACACAAAAGACAAUCUUAGAAGUCAUCAGAGAAUCCACACAGGAGAGAAACCUUACAAAUGCGGUGAAUGUGACAGAUCCUUUACCUGGGAUUCAUCUCUUAGGAUACAUCAGAGAAUGCACACGGGAGAAAAGUCUUACAAAUGUAGUGAAUGUGACAAGUCCUUUACCACAAAAGGCAAUCUUAAAACUCAUCAGAGAUUACAUACAUUUGAGAAACUUUAGAAAUGUAGCCAAUGUGAGAAAUUCUUUUCUGUAGGUUCAACUCUUGGAAUAUGUUCUGGGAUAUUUGAUCACACUGUGAAACCUGAGUUUAAAUAAUAUCAACCUGGGAGCAGAACCCAGAUCUAAUUGACAGGGAUUAGUCCUAGAGAGUAUGAAGAGGUAUAGAAGACUGAUAGAUUCACAGGAAGGAGUAGGGAGUGACUUGGAGUUUUGUGGUCUUCUGGCUUGAGAUGGUUGGAGAGACUCUCUUGCUGGGUCUCUGGCAAAAAGGGAAGGUUAUUUGGUUGCUUCCUGGCCUCUCUGAACUAGCAAGGUUUCACCCCAACACCCAACUAAAUCUUUAUUGGUAAACAGAACAAUAGACCCAUAGUUAAAAACUGCACGUGGUAGCUAUGGUACUGCCAGUGAGAGCAGAACUAGAAAUUCCACUAAGCUUCUUCCCAAGCAACUGUGCCAUGGGCCCACAGUCAGGUGCAACUUCUAAGCUGACAGAUGAACAUGAAUACAUACUAAAGAGAAACCUUUGUGAAUGUGAGAAACCCUUUACUAUUUGUUCAUUUCUUAGAACACAUUAGGGAAUUCAUUCAGGAGUGAAACCUUAAAAGUGUGCUUCAGGUUUAAUUCCUCUGAAAAGACACCAGGGUCAUGGCAAUUCUUUGAAAGGAAGGCAUUUAAUUGGAGCUUGCUUACAGUUUCAGAGUUAGUCCAUUACCCUCACGAUGGGAAACGUAGUGACAAGCAGGCAGCCAUGGGGCUGGAGAAGGAAGUGAGAUGUCUAUAUCUUCAUGCUCAGGCACCAUGAAGUGAGCUUUGCAGUAGGUGUGGCUUGAGCAUAUAUGAGACCUCAGUACCUGCCUUAUGGUGACACAUUUCUUCCAACAGAGCCACAGCUAUUCAAACAACGGCGUACCUCCUAAUAGUGCCACUCCCUUUGGGCCAAGCAUUCAAACAUGGGUCCAUGGGGACCAUACCUGUUUCAACCACCAUGUUAGUCAAUAUGAGGUACCUUUUGUCUGCAAAACACCCUGAGGAUACGUCACAAGUAUUCACAUGUGAGGGAAAACUUAAAAAUGUAAUCUGCAUGGAAAAGUCUUUACCAGCCUCUCAGGUCUAAGAAACCAUCUGAAAAUUCAUACUGCCAGGAAAGUUUCCAUGGGGAAUAAUUUGGCGUGUGCUUAAACCAAGCUCUGUUGUUAACUAUACUCGAGACUUCACACCAGAGGAUCAUCAUGAACGUGAGAAAUUUGUAAAAGCCUGUAAAGUUAUUUUCAAAUCUUAGAAAACACCAAGAACUUAUGCAGAGGGAACCUGAAAAACUAGGACAAUUUUUAUUGGCUUUAUUCAACCUCAAAUAAAGACAAGAUGCAGAAACCUGAAACAUUUGCAGCUGUGUUAACACUUUCCUGGAGACUGGAAUGAUUCUUUCUGAAGGGAAGCUGAUUAAGGCAGAAAAUACACCUCUCAAAACAGGUUCAAGAACUCCCUUGAAAGUACCAGGAUUCAUUGUUCUUAACGCAAAUGAAGAAACUGAGAAGUCAUGCACCUUAGAAGAGAAUUUUAGCCACCAAGAUGGGAUGCUCUUCAGAUAUGCCUACAAAUGUGCAGUGUGCUCCAAGUAUGCAGUAUUCAUAAACGGUAUCACGUCUUGGUUUCAAGUUUCAUAACAGCUGUGUUUUAGUCCAUUAUGCUCCAGUAACUGCUUCCUCAUAUUCCUGUAAGCCAUUCUAAUAAAGUUCAGUUAUUCAAAAAGUU